AUGGCGGACUGCUAUAAGCUCACCGCCGUGGCCGACUUCACCAAGUAUGUCGAGACCUUGUCGGACGAGACGGGAUAUGAGGACAGCAGACUCCAGGAAUGCAAGCCUGUGAUCUGCCAGGCCAUCUAUGGCAUCGGCAACCCGGACAUCUCGGGCAUUGGCGUCGCCAUCGGCUACAUCUUAGGAAUGGCCCUCGGCUUCACCCUCGCCAUCCUCCUCCUCCUCCAAACCCGCCUCGACCCCCCGCUCCGAUCCAUCCCCUCGCAGGUCCUCCUCACCGGCCUCCGCAGCUUCUUCAACGCCGCCGCCUUCUUCUCCAUCGCCGUCCAGAUCGCCACCAUCUCCCUCCUCGUCCAGAAAGACUUCGGCAUCGCCACCUCCGACUUCGGCGCCAUCGAGGCCCAGAUCGCCCAGGCCGUCUCCGUCGUCUCCAUGCUGCCCCUGCUCUACCCGGCCCUCCUCUUGAGUAGCAUAGACUCCUCCCGGUCCAACCCCCGCCUGUUCCUGCUCAACCUCGCCGCCGCGCUGUCCUUCUACCCCUUCCUCUCCCGCAACCUGCACGCCUUCGGGCCGGACGACUCCCGCCCCAUCGGCGACGGCUCGGGCAGCGACGUGUCGACGGCCGACUGGGCCAAGGUGGAGAGGCUGUGCUUCGCCGACGGGCUCGACGCCCUGCGCGACGACACAUUAUACGCCGCCAUCCCGCCCCUCGAGCUCGCCGCCUCGCUCGUCAUGUACCUCGCCACGCUCUGGCAGAUGGGCGGGCUCGUCGGCGCGCACUACUCCCCCGUCAAGGACCAGAAGCGGCACGCCGUCGUGGUCGGCGCCGGCCGCGUCGUCCUCUGGCGCAGGAGGGUGGGCGAGUGGCUCCGCGGGCACCGGCUCUGGGCCGCCCUGCUCAUGCUCGUCCCGCUGGGGCUCGCGGCCCCUCUGCUCUGGGUCAUCUUCCACCUGCGGGGCCUGCAGGAGGAGCUGGCGAGGAACGUGGAGGAGGACUACGGGGGGAACAACUGGGGGUUUGGGCAGAUUGUGGCCGUGGUCUUGUACCUCCCCGUGGCGGUUGAUAUGUUCUACCGGGGGAGGUUUGGAUACCAGGUCUGA